AUUAAAUUAAAAUAAAGAAAAACAAAAUAUAAGUAUAAAAAUGAAAAGCUAAUUUUUAUAGUGUUCCUCAACUCAGCCCUCUUCCCGUUUGCCGGCAAAACAAAACCCUAUUCGAAUUUUGUAUUCAUUUCUCGAAGAUUUUAGCAUAAUGACUUCACCAUUGGUGGCUGGGCUUGCAGUGGCAGCUGCGGCUUAUGUAGGUAGAUAUGGUAUCGUGGCUUGGCAGGCAUUCAAGGCUAGACCGCCUAGGAUGCGUAGAUUUUAUGAAGGUGGUUUUCAGGCUACCAUGACUAGGAGGGAAGCAGCUCUUAUACUGGGUGUUAGAGAGCGCACUCCAACAGAUAAGAUUAAAGAAGCACAUAGGAGGGUGAUGGUUGCAAACCAUCCAGAUGCAGGUGGCAGCCAUUAUCUUGCAUCCAAAAUUAAUGAAGCAAAAGAUAUGUUACUUGGAAAGACCAGGGGUGGUGGCUCAGCAUUUUGAAGCCCCUAGGAAGCCUUUCUUUCCAUUAUUUUCACACUACGCGAUUCUCACUAGAUUUCAAUUACAAUUUUUUUGGCCAUCGUCCAAUUACUUAUUGCAUUACCAAUUCGAUAGGGAGAAAACGGAAAACUAAACAUGGUUACGCAUAUAUCUAGAUGAUAUGGCUCCAAUCUAACAUGGCUUGUGCUAUUGAAGUGAAGAUUGUUGUCAACAAAAGCGAUUUUUACUUCCUCAUUCUA